UCACGUGUAAUCACAUUGCCGUGGCAGCGUUUCUAGCUACAACAUGGGAAUUGGGAACGACAAGUGACAGUGUGAUGACUGUAUGUGAAGUUUAGUGUGAACGACAGUGUAGAAAAUAACAGUUUUAUGUACGGGAUCUUAUCCUAGAUCUGUAUUUCUGCCGGAGGUUGGCGGGGGCAAACAGCAGUCACGAUGGUGAAAGAGCAGUUUAGAGAGACUGAUGUGGCCAAAAAAAUAAGCCACAUCUGUUUUGGGAUGAAGUCGGCUGAGCAGAUGAGACAGCAGGCUCAUAUCCAGGUGGUCAGUAAGAACCUGUACAGCCAGGACACCAGCCAUACCCCUCUACCAUACGGAGUACUGGACCAUCGCAUGGGCACCAGUGAGAAGGAUCGUCCAUGUGAGACGUGUGGGAAGAACCUGGCUGACUGUCUGGGACACUAUGGAUAUCUGGACCUGGAGAUGCCCUGUUUUCAUGUGGGCUAUUUCAAAGCCAUCAUUGGAAUCCUACAGAUGAUCUGUAAGACGUGUUCUCACAUCAUGCUGACCAAAGAGGAGAAGCUACAGUUCAUGGAUGUGUUGAAGAGGCCAGGCCUAGCGUACCUCCAGAAACGAGGACUGAAGAAGAAGAUAUCCGACAAAUGCCGCAAAAGGACAUUGUGUCUCAAUUGCUCCACGUUAAAUGGACUGGUGAAGAAGUGUGGCCUGCUGAAGAUCCUCCACGAGAAAUACAAGACAACCAAGAAAGUGGUGGACGCUGUAGUAUCUGACUUUCUCAACUCCUUCGAUAUCGCAAUAGAACACAACAAAGAAGUGGAGGGCUUGCUCAACAGGGCUCAGGAGAACCUGAGUCCUCUGGUGGUGUUGAACCUGUUCAAGAGGAUUCCAGCGGAGGACAUUCCCCUGCUCCUGAUGAACCCUGAGGCGGGGAAGCCUGCAGACCUCAUCCUCACUCGUCUGCUGGUACCUCCACUCUGCAUCCGCCCCUCUGUCAUCUCAGACCUCAAGGCAGGUACUAAUGAGGAUGACCUCACCAUGAAGCUCACAGAGAUCAUCUUCCUCAAUGACGUCAUCAAGAAGCACCGUAUGUCAGGGGCCAAGACCCAGAUGAUCAUGGAGGACUGGGACUUCCUCCAGCUGCAAUGUGCUCUCUACAUCAACAGUGAGCUCUCUGGCAUCCCCCUCAACAUGGCCCCUAAGAAGUGGACCAGAGGCUUCGUUCAGAGACUCAAGGGCAAACAAGGGCGAUUCCGUGGAAACCUCUCGGGGAAAAGAGUGGAUUUCUCUGGGAGAACGGUCAUCUCUCCGGACCCCAACCUGCGGAUCGAUGAGGUGGCGGUCCCUGUACACGUAGCCAAGAUCCUGACCUAUCCAGAGAAGGUGAACAAGGCCAACUUGGAGAUGCUGAGGAAGCUGGUGCGUAGCGGUCCGGAGGUCCACCCUGGAGCCAACUUCAUCCAGCAACGACACACCCAGAUGAAAAGGUUUCUUAAGUACGGGAACCGAGAGAAGAUGGCCCAGGAGCUGAGGUUUGGAGACGUGGUGGAGAGACACAUGAUCGAUGGAGACAUCGUCCUCUUCAACCGACAGCCCUCUCUACACAAACUCAGCAUCAUGGCUCAUAUCGCCAAAGUGAAACCUCACAGAACGUUCCGGUUCAACGAGUGUGUGUGCACGCCGUACAACGCUGACUUUGAUGGGGACGAGAUGAAUCUUCACCUUCCCCAGACAGAGGAGGCCAAGGCUGAAGCCCUGGUGCUGAUGGGGACCAAAGCCAACUUGGUGACCCCCAGAAACGGAGAGCCUCUGAUUGCUGCUAUUCAAGACUUUCUGACAGGAGCCUACCUGUUGACCCUAAAGGACACGUUCUUCGACAGGUCUAAAGCCUGCCAGAUAGUCGCCUCUAUCCUGGUUGGGGUGGAUGAGAAGAUCAAGAUAGCUCUCCACACCCAGCCAUACUCAAGCCCGAUGACUCUGUGGACAGGGAAGCAGAUCUUUGGUCUGAUUCUGAAGCCCAGUAAGGCCUGUCCAGUCAAGGCCAACCUGAGGACCAAGGGGAAACAGUACAGCGGUAAAGGAGAGGACCUCUGCAGCAACGACUCCUUCGUUGUGAUCCAGAACAGUGAGUUGAUGUGUGGUACCAUGGAUAAGGGCACGUUGGGCUCUGGCUCCAAGAAGAACAUAUUCUAUAUCCUGCUGAGAGACUGGGGGCAGCUGGAGGCAGCCAACGCCAUGUCUCGCCUGGCCCGCCUCGCGCCUACAUACCUCUCCAACCGGGGUUUCUCCAUCGGUAUUGGUGAUGUGACCCCAGGCCAGGGUCUGCUGAAGGCCAAACAGGACCUGCUGGACGGGGGCUAUGCCAAGUGUGAUGAGUACAUCGAGGCCCUGAAGACUGGCAAACUGCAGCAACAGCCAGGCUGCACUGCUGAGGAGACCCUGGAGGCCCUCAUCCUGAAGGAGCUAUCUGUUAUCAGAGACCAUGCCGGCAGCGCCUGCCUCAGAGAACUGGACAAGAGCAACAGUCCUCUGAUUAUGGCUCUGUGUGGCUCCAAAGGAUCCUUCAUCAACAUCUCCCAGAUGAUUGCCUGUGUGGGCCAGCAGGCUAUAAGCGGCUCUCGAGUACCCGACGGCUUUGAGAACCGCUCGCUGCCACACUUUGAGAAGCACUCUAAACUCCCUGCAGCUAAAGGCUUUGUGGCUGACAGCUUUUAUUCAGGCCUGACUCCCACAGAGUUCUUCUUUCACACUAUGGCUGGUCGAGAGGGCUUGGUGGACACCGCCGUUAAAACAGCAGAGACCGGAUACAUGCAGAGGCGUCUGGUGAAGUCGUUGGAGGACCUGUGUUCCCAGUAUGAUCUGACGGUACGGAGCUCCACUGGUGACAUCAUCCAGUUCAUCUACGGGGGGGACGGCCUGGACCCGGCCGCCAUGGAGGGCAAAGAUGAACCGCUGGAGUUCAACAGAGUUCUGGACAACAUCCGGUCUGUCCAUACGUGUUCAGAGCAGCCAGCCCUUAGUAAGAAUGAGUUGGUCCUGACAGCGGAGUCCAUCAUGAAGAGGAGUGACUUCAAGUGCUGCAGAGACAGCUUCCUCGAGGAGAUCAAAAAGUUCAUCAAGGCUACAUCUGAGAAAAUCAAGAAGACCAGGGACAAAUACGGCAUCAACGAUAAUGGCACCACAGAGCCCAAAGUUCUGUAUCAGUUGGACCGCAUCACUCCCAGCCAGCUAGAGAAGUUUCUGGAGACCUGCAGGGACAAGUACAUGAGAGCUCAGAUGGAGCCGGGCUCGGCAGUAGGAGCCCUCUGUGCCCAAAGCAUUGGGGAGCCUGGUACCCAGAUGACCCUGAAAACCUUCCACUUUGCUGGGGUGGCUUCCAUGAACAUCACCCUGGGGGUCCCACGCAUCAAGGAGAUCAUCAGCGCAUCCAAGAACAUCAGCACACCUAUAAUCAGCGCUCACUUGGAUGUGGACGAUGAUGCAGACUUUGGCCGACUGGUGAAAGGAAGGAUUGAAAAGACCCUUCUGGGAGAGAUUUCGGAGUACAUUGAAGAGGUGUUUCUGCCAGACGACUGUUUCAUUCUGGUCAAGCUGUCGCUGGAGAGGAUCAGACUGCUACGGCUAGAGGUGAAUGCAGAGACGGUGCGCUACUCUAUCUGCAUGUCUAAGCUGAAAGUGAAGCCUGGAGACAUAGCUGUGCAUGGGGAGGCAGUGGUCUGUGUCUCGCCUAGGGAAAACAACAAGAGCUCCAUGUACUACGUCCUCCAGUCUCUGAAGGAUAACCUGCCCAAGGUGGUUGUACAGGGUAUCCCUGAGGUCUCCAGAGCUGUCAUUCACAUCGACGAGCAGACCGGCAAGAACAAGUACAAGCUGCUGGUGGAGGGAGACAACCUGCGCAGCGUCAUGGCAACCCACGGUGUCAACGGCAACAGGACCACCUCUAACAACACCUAUGAGGUUGAGAAGACGCUUGGCAUCGAGGCGGCUAGGUCCACUAUCAUCAAUGAGAUACAGUACACCAUGGUGAACCACGGCAUGAGCAUCGACAGGAGACACGUCAUGCUCCUCGCAGACCUCAUGUCCUAUAAGGGUGAGAUCCUAGGCAUCACCAGGUUUGGCCUGGCUAAGAUGAAGGAGAGCGUCUUGAUGCUGGCAUCCUUUGAGAAAACUGCCGACCAUCUCUUUGAUGCUGCGUACUUUGGACAGAAGGACUCAGUCUGUGGUGUAUCUGAAUGCAUCAUCAUGGGAAUCCCCAUGAACAUCGGCACAGGACUGUUCAAGCUCUUACACAAGGCUGACAAGGACCCCACGCCACCCAGGAGACCCCUGCUCUUCGACAGCAGCGACUUCCACAUCCCCUUGGUUACAUAGCGGAACCCGGGACUCUGUCCUAGUAGAACCCAGGACUCUCUGUUCCACACCCCAACAUCUAGUAAUGUAAUAGAAUAUGUUCCUUUAGCAGAUGCUUUGGUCCAAAGGCACCUACGGUUACAUAGUGGCACAUGUACAUGAUAUGUGGCCCAUGUGGGAAUCAAACCCACAACCCUCACUUGUACUGAUCUGCUCAAGGCACUCUCACCUCAUUGUAUAUGCUGCUUUUGCUAUUGAUGAUUGACAGUUGAAGUGGUGAGGAGGUGUGUGUGUGUGUGUGUGUGUGUGUGUGUGUGUGUGUGUGUGUGUGUGUGUGUGUGUGUGUGUGUGUGUGUGUGUGUGUGUUGGGAGUGGGGUGUGAUGGAGCAAAGACAGCAUGGGGGUACGUACACAAGGAGUGCCUUUAAAGUGAAGUUUUUGUUUUCUCUCCUUGAAGCUUGAUAACCUCUUCCUUUUGGCUUUCUGUUUAUUGUGUUAUUUUAUACCACUUAUUCUAAUUCACAGGACUACAGAGAGAAGUGCUGUCAAAACGUCUGGAAGACUGACGUUCACCUGUUGAUGGUUUAUGUGUUUAGUCGUGGCCUCAUGUGGACUUACUGUAUUAUGUUCCUCGUUGGUUUAGUAUGCUGUAAUGUUUUCCAUGCUUUACCUUUCUGAAUGUACAAUAAAGUCUGCCUGUGGCUGGAAAGAGUGAA